GCACUUUAUAUACUGAUGUGGCGUACUUCUGUUUCUAUUCAUAUUUUCAUUAUUUUGCUCCCCUGUAUGAACAGAGAGGGAGGGAAGAAGAAACCAUUAAAAGCAGCGAAAAAAUCAACCAAGGAAUUAGACGAGCAUGACUUGGAAUUCCAGGAAAGGGAAAGAGAGAAAAAGAGACUAGAAAAAGAAAUGAAAGAUGCCAUUCUGAAAGGUAAAAAGAAGAAAUAA